AUGAGAAAGAUCCCAGUGGAAAUCCAAUGCCAGGAACGAUCGUUGAUGCUGGAGCUGUUGCAGACCCACAAGCAGACCCACAACGACUCAACUUUUUUCUCGUGGGACAUCGUGGAAUUCAAGGCACUAGUGUGCCUACUCAAGUACACGGUGAUGGUGGAUGAAAACGAAUUGUCAGCGGACCAGAUUGAGCAGCUCACCUACCGACUAUGCUACUGCUACGCUCGUUGCAUGCGCUCGGUGGCUAUAGUGCCGCCGAUUCACUAUGCGCAGCUUGCAGCAGAACAUGCACUCGGCGCGGUCACCGAUACGGCGACAGAUUGCUCAUCGACUUCCUCGAACAUGGGGUCCGCGUACUCGCUGGCAGGUUUGAGUGACAAGCUCGCUGGAGUUAUGUACUUCGUCUAA